AGAGUCCAUAACUAUCACUUCUCCCUCCUUCCCUCUCUCUUGAAAAGGAGGGAGACUAAAAUCCAGAAGCUAAUUCUGUGCGUGUUCUCUAUCCGAAAGACACAGAGAGAGGGAGAGAACGUGGAGCUGCAGAGGAGAAAAUGGAGCAGCAAAACCUUUUCUUCAAUUUCAAUGCAAAGCUCUCUCUCUCUAUCUCCUUGCAAAUGGGCCCAUAAUCAAUCUCAAUCCCAAACCCAACUGUCACGUAUUCUUCUUCUGCGCUACUCUCUAUUUCUAUUUCUCUUUCUCUUUCUCCUCGCCUUGCCAGCAGAAACUUUGUAAAGCUAUCAACUAUCACUUUCACUCCUGUCACAGCCUCUCUUUCCCCGCUUUUUUCAGUCUUUAAUGCCUGCCCACGCGAAGAAGAAUUUCGCCUGAAAAUAAAAAAUAUUGGGUCGGUGCUAGAUGCCUAGAUAAGCAUUUCAGUCUUCUAUUCCUCGUUCUUUUUUGCUUGUCAAAAGAUGCCCACUCACCUAACCUCUUUAGAAAACAAAAUUCCUUGUUUUUACCUUCUCGUAUACUAGAACACGUUGAAUAUUGAUCUGGUUUUUUUUUUCUUCUGCCAGCUUUACGUUUUUUUAUCCGUGAAGGGGGGGGACAAUUGCGUUCUCUGUUUCGCAAUCUGUACUGUUGCUGGCAGAUUUUACACUUUUUUUCCCUUAUACUUCUACGAUGAUUGAUGCAUUCCUCUAAGAACCUGUUGCAUAAUUGAUUUGGGUAUUGAAGAAAAAGGCCGGUUCAUCGGUGUUGACUGCCAAUUGCAGAAAGUUAAGUUUGUAAUUAGAAGUUGCAGAUAUUAACAUCGAAACCAAGUUUUCAGAUGAUAAUGCCUUCUGCUGGAAAUUUCGAUUAGUCUCUGCUUCGAUAUUGGGUAUUACGGUGUAAAAGAAAGCAAGCUUUUAUGCCAAGUUUCUAUCGAUUAAUUUUGCUGAUCGGUGACAUUUUGAAGCUGAAUUCUUCAUCUGUGACCCACUCGUGAGCUUGAAAUGUUACAGUUACUUCCGUUAAAGGAAAGAUCAAAAUAUCUAAAGCUUGAGGAAGUGAGGAACUUCAGGCGCUAGUUAAGGCUUGUGGAAAAAAAAAAAAGAAGCUUUUCAAUAACUUGCAAUCCAAAGAAAGCUUGGGCUAUUUUGAGAUUGAAGCGUCUGAAGAAGCUUCAAUUGUUGCAAUUGGAAUUUUUGUCCACUUUCCUUUGGUCCAGUACACACAGUUGCACUGUUGUCCUUCUUGGCUUCAUCGAAUUUGAGAUUCAAGUGAGCCCCAGUAGUGCAGAAAGUUGGAUGAGCAAAACAUAGCAAGUAUCAAACAUUCAUCAUGGCAAAGAAAUCUCAGAGACGCUCUGUGCGACACGAAAGAGACCAAUCUGGGUGUAUGUGGGGUUUAGUUAGUAUGUUUGACUUCCGCCAUGGUCGAUCAACUCAAAAGCUGCUUUCAGAUAGGAGACAUGGGCCCAGGCGUGCUGUUGCUGCUGUGAAUGCAAUGAAUAAGUCUGCCUUGCUGACCAAUCUCGAUGAAAAUCAUCAAGGAAUUAUUGGGGGUGAAGAGAGCAUAACAGUAGCAGUUGAUGAUGGUAAACCUAGUGUGAAGAAACUAAUGGAAGAAGAGAUGUUUUGUGAGGAAGACUUAAAGAAGCAUAUGGACAGUGCGGAACCAAAACAGUCUAAUUCAGAAUAUGGAGGCAAUAAAAGGAAAAACUGCAAAAGGACAAACAGAAGUCGCUCAAAAAGUUGUGAGAUAUGCAUAGAAGAUCUGGAUGAUUCUGAGAAGUUGGAACCUGAAAUGCCUUGCCUUCAGAAUUUAGAAAAGCAAUCUACUAAUAUUCUUGAUGUGGAUGAUAUGAUGGAAGAGUUCUGCCGCCAGAUCCAUCACAUUAGCUGCGUAAAGCAUGAUGAGCAUGAUGAAGUUCACAGCCAACUAAACCAGAAGAAUCCUGAUCUUGAAGAGAAAUUGCGCGAGGCAAUCGAACUUUUUAUAAGUCAGAGGCUUAUCAGUGCAAAACAUGUCUCCGGAGAUGGAGAAAUCCAUCCUUCUAAAGAGCUCAAGGAUGCACUCAGGAUUCUAUGUUCUGAUGAGGAAUUAUCUCAGAAACUCUUACACGGUCAAAAGUCCGUAAUGGUGAAAUAUGUUGAGAACUUGUGGAGAGCUCAUGUAGAGAAAGAUGACAUCUCCAAGCCACUUGUAAGAUCAAACUUGUCAGAACAUGUGAUUGAUGACUUCAAACAGUCUAAUGAGAUUAUCCCUGGUAAACGGCUCAAUUUUUUCAGGAGGAAGGCCAAAUCUCUAGAAAAGAACCCAUCAAAGGAAAUUAUGGCUUCUCAAGCUUCAAAUAAGAUUGUUAUUUUAAAACCUGGACCUAUAGGUGUGGAAAAAACUGGAACGGAAAAAACCCUUGGGUCAUCACCUGAAUCUCAGAGUAUCACAAGAAACAAGGGGGCAAAUGGAGUUGGUUCCUACUUUUUUCUCACUGAAAUUAAAAGAAGAUUAAAACAAGCUAUAGGCAAAGAGCAGCAAGAGAUCGCUCCUGAUGGUGCUUCAAAGAGAUUUGCUAACAAAUAUCGAGCAAGGGGUGAUAGUGACAAAAAAUAUAGAGAGAAUAAUGGAAGAAAUUCUCUUGGUAAGGACCACUUCUUUAUUGAAAAGAUUGCCAGGCCUCCAUCUGCUGUCAGAAAGGGAGAGAAGACUGACAUGUUGAAAGAAUGUGAAAUAGGUUUGGAGCGGGAAACUGCUGCUUACCCCAAUAAUAGAAUGGCUAACAUUUACGUUGAGGCCAAGAAGCAUCUCUCUGAUAUGCUUACCAGUGGCACAGGGGUUCAGAAUUUUUCGAGUGGACAGGUUCCAAAAUCUCUUGGGAGGAUUCUCUCCUUUCCUGAGUACAACUUUUCUCCUACUGGAAGUCCUGGAAGAGAGUGGGGGCAAGGCUUUGUUACUGCACAGAUGAGGUUUUCUAACAAUAACGAGUUUCAGAAACAUGAAAGUAAUGGUGGCCAUCGUGGUCGAAUGACACUAAACUCAGAAACUGACUUGUGUGUUUCUAAUGACCCUGCUCAUAGUCAAGCAAUAACAUCUGCAAACCCAAAUUCAAGUUCUCCGAGUGAACUUGCCCAGGAUAAUGAAGUUGAUAAAAUCUUGUGCACUAUUGGAGAUACUUCAGGAGGUGAUGUGGAUAUUGUAAAAUCAGCUGAAAUUGGAGUACAAGAAGACUGCAAUAUCUCAGAUACUCUUUCUGAACCAAUCAACUCUUCUGGGACUGGAGAUGACCAAAAUGGUGACUUAUCUGAAGCUUGUGAUGGAAAAACAUUUUCUGGCUGCUCAAAACAUGAUUUAAAUGAAGAAAACCAACUUCCACCUUCUGAAUUAACAUCCCCAUCCACCUCUCCAAUCACCAAGAACGAUAACAAUCUAGAAGGUGCUGUAGAAGUGUCAGAGCGGCCAAGUCCUGUAUCUGUUCUUGAGCCACUUUUCACAGAGGAGGAUGUCAGCCCAGCAAGCACCAGACUCCAACCUGCUCCUCUGCCAAUUCAACCCCAAAGAAUUCAGUUUGAAGAGCAUGCCCCUUCCUCUGUGGAUAUAGGAACUCAUUUCAAAGCUCAUAUAGCAUACAAGGAAUCAAUAUUCGAGUAUGUGAAAGCAGUAGUGCAAGCCUCUGGAGAGAACUGGGAUGAAUUUUAUAUCAUGUCCAAUUCUUCUGACCCACUUCUUGACCCAUCAAUAUUUGAUGAGGUAGAGUUCUUUCCGAACCAGUUUUGCUAUGACAAGAAACUUCUCUUUGAUUGUGUUGAUGAGGUUCUCAUGGAGGUAUAUGGGAAGAAUUUUGGUUGCCCCCUUGGGUUAUCAUUCGCAAAACCUACUGUCCGGCCUGCUCUAGACAUGAAAAAUUCUAUUCAUGAGAUAUGGGAAGGAGUUUAUUGGUAUCUCCUCCCAUUGCCACUGCCUUGUACAUUAGAGCUCAUAGUCAAGAAAGAUAUGGCUAAAACUGGAACAUGGAUGGACCUUCGAUAUGAUAGUGAAACUAUCAUCAUUGAGAUUGGGGAAGCCAUUUUCAAAGAUCUGAUGGAAGAAAUUAUGUUAGGCUGUAUAAGUGGGAUUUCAGAAGGUGGAUAUUUUUCAAAUGCAGCUGAAUUGAAGGAUCAGAGUAGCAUCAAGUUGUGAAUGACAUUUUACUUCUAUUUUUUCAUACCAAUAAUUGACUUCCAUUGUUACUGGGUGGGAAGGAAACUAACGAAGCCAUUGCUUGUGCGGCCGGAGCAGUUACAUUUCAGCAGAAGGCAGCUUCUUUGACCUUUUGGGAUGUCCAGGACAGACUUGACACAGAUUUUUAUUUCUAACUUUGCCAUUGAGAUCGUGCACAUAUCCAACAGUUCUGACAUAAAACCAUGAGAGCUUGGGAACUCUACUAGGCACAAGUCCUCUAAUGAAGGUUGCACACUUCAUGGACAGGAAUCAGAGGGAGCAAUCAGGCAAGUGCUUGUUGCUAUCAACAAAGACUACUUGCUCUCCAUGGCAAUUUCUUCAACCAUGACCAGAUCAGCGCCUUACGCUCAGUUGAAAAUAGAAGUUGUUAUCAUUGUAGAAUUUGUAGAUUACGGUGAUUGGUGUGCAUUGUGUCAGUUAAGAAUGCUGUGUUAUUUCUUGUUUGCCCUGAUUUCAUUCAUGUUCUCCAGUCCAACUUUUGUUUAUUUUGCCUCUUCUUUAUUUAUGAAGUUGGGUUUCUGUGAGUUUGUGGCUAUUUGGAUGUAUCAUAGGGGGUGAUUUUGCACGAGUGCAAUUAACAAGCCAUUACUUUGUGAUCUGAUUUAUGAAUAAUUAAUGCAGGGAAUUUAUGGAAUACAUGUGAUGUGCUUGC